AUGGCUACACUGAUUCCACAGUUUCCCGUUGGCAAUAACAGCAACCACAACACAUCUGGCACGUCAGCGCCAUCAGAAAACCAGAUUCUCGCCAGAUUAGACGCAUAUCUGCCGGCACUGAAUACCGGCUUGAUGGAUGGCAAAAUCCAGGAUGUCAUUAUUAAACACCCAUUAGUGAGAACGUUACUUGUACCAGAAUGUGAUUUAGAAGCACGCCGAAGAUGCAUUGCUUUGAUUUCCAAAGCACUAGCGGCUGCUACUCCUGUAUUACCGCUUAUUCUUCAAGACCAUCAGGCCAAACAAGAUCAGAAAAAGAAGCGCCAGAAGAGUAAUGCUGGCUCGCGGAAAGCGGAUGCCAAUGCUCAGGCAGAUUCGCCAAGAAUCCCAAAAUUAUCACUUGACGCUCAGAGUCGCUUGAUUACAAUUGUCGCGUCCAUGGCUGAACGCGAUCCCCUUAUUCGUUUCUGGAUGAACCACCAUGUACAAUAUCAAGCACGUAGCCAGGCUCAAGCACAAGCACAGUCUGCUACUCCAGAAGAGGGAUCGCGAAAACGCAAGUAUUCCACUCCAGCUGGUUCUGGAGCAGCAGCUGCUGCAGCAGCUAGUUCUGCUGUUGGCGGUUCUGGUAUGUCUAAACACCUUGAAAUGUCUACCUUUGAUCUUUAUCUCAAAAUCAAGACUUCAAAGGAACUUUUGGCAGACCUUGCUGAUAGAAUUCAAGGCGCUGUUUGUAAGGCAUUCUGGGAUUGUUGGGACGAGAUCUUUAUCACUCUUGCUGAAGUGAUUGGUGCUGAGAACCUGCAACAAGCCGACAAAGGCCGUAUCUUUCGACCUUGUGGCGAUGCCGCUAUUUAUUUAAACAACCUCAAGGUUACCAAAAAGCGACAAGUCGAACAAAAGCGUCGUUUGUCUAUGUUAGAGGGCAACACCAGUGCUAAUACCCGACCUGGUCACCAAGCAUUUUACAUGGGCAACAACAAUAUGACGACUGUGUCGCCAAAGAAUAUUCUUGGUCAACAGCCUGGUGCCAGUCCUAUUCAAGUGACUGGACAAAUUCCCAGCCAAUUUUCCAGUCAAAAUCAAAACAUUCCACCAUUGGUGCCAGCAUCACCCUUUUCACCUGAUCAGUUUUUGAAUGAGUUUACUUUGAACUCUUCGAUUCCUGGUACCACUGCCACUACAACUGCCGCAGCCAGUUCAAUUCCAACUCCCAGUGCUUCUGGCGCUUCCAUGGCAUUCCCCUUUCCCCUAUCUCCUGAAAAGAGCAGCGGUUCUCCAGACUCGACCUCGUCCAUGAUUCUUGGUAUUAAUACUGCCUCUGCUGUUAGUAAUGUACCUACCCCACCUGGCAGCACCAACGGCAGCACCUCUUCGCAUCCCAAUCCAUUCAAUAUCGCAUCGGCAUCGACCUCUGUUAACGGAUCUAAACCAUUAUCUGGCUCUGAUGCUAACGAUCUCGAGUUCAUGAUGCAAGAUAUUUCCUACGACAGUAAAUUCGACCAGUAUCUUGGCGCCUUUACAACUCUGGAUGAUGCUGACCAACAAUCUGGACACCAGGCAAACCCUUCGCAUACCCCUUCUUCCAAUACAGCUGCUAAUAGCUCGACCUCUCCAGCUGCUACAACUAAACCUCUUCCAUCCAACGCCUCUGAUAUCUCUACCCCCCAGACAUCAGCAGGAUCACCAACCAAUACGCCAGGCGGAUCACACCUCAACCUCCGCCAGCGCAUCAAGCUCAUGGAAGAAGGCCGGAUGCCCGAAGAGAACCCCUCUCCUUCCAACAUCGUGUGGUAG